GGACCGCAGGCGCCUCCGGUCGAGGACACGUAGUCGCGGUUGCGUGCUGGCCUACGGUUCGUCUGCUUUCAACGACGAGCUGUUCAACCUGCUUUUUGGGACACACGUUUCCCUCGGCUGAUACCACUGAACUUUGCAUCCUUUAAUUGGUAGAAUUUCAUCGAGAGGAACAGAUAAUGAAGCGUAGAAGAAUAAACGAGGUUAUCGAGCAACUUGGUAUUUAAACUUGGUAUCACCUGCGACGAGGUAAUAGCAGUUGAUCGGUAAAUGAGCUGAUCUAAUCGAAUGGAAGCACGACGCGGCGCGGCGGUACUCGAUGCGAAAAGAUCGUGAUUGAUCGACGAGACGAGCUGUUCGAGAUGACAAGGAUGAAAUUGAUCGUCACUGGGGAGGAUCGAUCGACGUUGAUAUUCAUGGGAACGAUGGGUACUCGUUGCUCGAGCUGGUCGAACUGCUGAGCUUUUACCAAGCUGUCUGAGCAUUGUCUCUGCUCUGUACCAUUUGCACGCGGAUGUUUAUGCUGGUGUCUCUGAUUCGUGGUGCACCGACUGCGCGUCUACGUGUGUGCCGUGUACACGGAAGAUGUACGACACAGCAUAGACCGUUACCGUGAUACGUUUGUCCCGCGCGAUUCUUUCCUGUUUGCCAGCAAACUUGGUAUACACGGUGUUUUGUGCACGAAAGAGUAGAAAACCGUGAGACAGACCGACUGAAAAAGCGGAGACGGUGGAAAAUAGAGUGAGUUCGGGGUGAGGAAACGGUAGAAGAAGAGAGAAAGAGGGAGCCUGGAGAGAGUAAUGAUCGUGACGACGGUCGCGCGGACAAAUGAACACCUCGGCACAGCGUUUGGGAUAUUCCAAAGAUGUGAGGAAUGAUCACGUGGGUGAUGGUCGGGCUGCUGCUGGCUGCGGAAACUUGCGGCAGAAACGUCCUCUCCGGAAACGGAAACGGAAAGGAGGAGACGAAGCAGAAGGACGGCCUGAAGGGAGUCACCGGCGACGAGGAAGACAUUUACCGUCUAACGUGCUACACUUGCGUCAACGUCAGCGAUAACCAGAUGUGCAACGAAUGGGCGAUAGAUACACCAUGUCCGGCAGGAGGUCGAGACUUCUGCAGAUCGCUGCACAUUUUAGACAGCCGAGGAAAUAGCGUCUUGGUGAGCAAAAGCUGUGCGAGUAGCGCGGAAUGUGGUCCUGCAUCGGUCGGUUGCAUCCCGGUGGACACCCAGCAGAUCUGCAUCAGCUGUUGCGAUCUGAGCUAUUGCAACAUCGAAUCGCCGACGAACGCGACGAACGCGAUCUUCUCGCGGAAACGUCGCGCCAAGUCGAAAUCGAAACGCAAACGACCCGGUAGGAACGGAGUCGAGGGUAGCCGAUUCUACGGUAGCGGAGCUUUUUGGCUCUUGGCCUCACUCUUCUAUGCAUAUCAUUGCUGAGCAAGCAACAACACCCGGCAACAAAGAAGAAACUAGUUUAGAAACGAUGAACCGCGCGACAGCCAGCCCGGCAACUAUCUCCAUCAAAUGCUCCUCUAAAAUUCGACGAGUUCCAGUUUGUUGGAAACGCUCACGUUCGUGGAAACUUUCGAAACCGUCUGUGACCCUGUUGAAAUCAAACGACAACCUUGUCGACGUUUAUCCUAACUCGUCUUCUCGUCUGGAUAUUUAGUCUCCCUUUUAAUCGUUACCUUUCAACGUGUAAACAUCCUUCCCGUUUCAAACGUUAGAGAAUCCUUCGUGUUACGACACUCGAACAUAUCUGCCAAGCGAUCCUUGCGAAUCGCGAGUAGCAGCGUUUUUGCGAAUUAUUUUCCGAACGGAUCGUGUGUACUCUAGCUACGUAAGAUAACAUUGUUAAGCAAAUCUAUCCAUCUUUACCUUCCGUUUGAAAAACAAGAAAAGAGAUCGAAAGAAUAAAAGAGUGGAAUCCCAGGAGUGGAAUUUCGCUGAAUCCUGUGCUGUCUGACAUAAAUAUACGGAUUACAGUUGACCGAGGAGCCGGCUUUCAAAGUCUCUCAGUGAUGGAAAAAAAGGAAUUGUUCUCUUUCUCGUCUAGUAUCGUAGUUUGCUAUGCCUUGUUAGAACUCGGCUCGAGUUUAAAGAAGAAGAAGAAGAAGAAGAAAAAGAAAUGGGAUUCACGAAACGACGAUAGAUUUAAUCAUCGAGUGUUCGCGAGAUUUCGGUGCCAAACAAGAGUAGGAAAAAGGAUAAAACCCUUUUGUGCAUACUAAUUUUAUAAGAAACAUUUCUUUUUUGCGAUCAAACUACGAAAGAACAAACGCAACAACAACAACAACAACAAGAAGAACAGAAUUGUUUCUGAAUUUUAGACUCGCCCUAUUGUUUCAGCGGGAUUUCGUUUCGCGAAAUGUCCAGAAAGAGGCGCACGAGAAAACGAAAACGAAGACGUUUACUGUGUUCCCUGCUGAUACAUUCAGAAUUUCAGUACCUGCCGGAGCAACGAUCGAUCGUUAUCCUCAAGGCACUUGUUAAGCGAACCCGCGAAUUCCCUGUACGGCUCGCAAGCAGGCAUUUCAUCCGACAAAUAAAGUAACCUGACUUCCUUUUUUCAACAUUCCUUUCCUCCUAUAUCCCGUACUUUCAUUCCGCGAGAUUCCCUUCGACUACGUUUGCUCGACGAUCGAUCAGUAGAAUAUAGGAACUGUCUCGAGUAAUCCGUAUUAGAUUUGCCGAGCGGAAGAAAAUUUUUAAUUACCCGAUCGAUCUCACGAAAAUGUUACAUUUAGAACGUUAUUAAAAAUUUAUUACAUGCCAUACAUUUCGUUCAACUACCUAAGAACCCGAUCGAUUUUCCAACAAUGUUACAUUCAGGAAAUUAUUGAAAAUUUAUUAAUCAGAUUCCUGAUUGUGUUCACUGCUGUUCUUUCCAGCUUCGAACACUGUUUCCCAAUCAAAUUAUUAACAAUUUUCCAACCACGGUACACCUGGUUUAAUUACAUUAAUACUACAUUAAUUUUAUAAUAAACGAGAUUGUAUCGGUUUUAAAAUCAAUCUUUCAUUUAACCCUUAUCGUUCACCGAGAACAUUCAAUUUUUGUAUAAGUAAAGUGUUUCUCGAGAGGAAAUGUUGGAGCAUAAUAGUGAAAGAAGGAGUUUGCCGGCGUACCGUGUUUGGCAAAUAGGUAUGCAAAUCAUGAAUUAUGCGAGCGAGCUGCACGCGGGAUUUGAAUUAUCGAUAAACUGGAAUUACGCGUACCUAAAAGCUGUUUACAUACCUACAGACUCGCCUACUACAAACUACUUAUUGCUAUUACGAUUAUUAACAAUUAUACACAUGAAUAAAUUAACAAACGAACAAAUAAAUGAAUGAAUAUAUAUAUUAUGAUAUAGAAAUUAUACAUUGUUUCGGCAUGAAGAAUGUAAGAAUACUGUUGGUAAUGAAAUAAAGAAAACUAUACUUGUCA